CCAGCUCCUGCUCCGGCCUCGACCACAGCGAGCCCUAGCGCGGCGGGGGCCCACGAGCGGCGACGGGAAGAGAUGAGCAGCAACAGCAGCAAGAGAGCCCCGACCACAGCCACGCAGUGCCUGAAGCAGGACUACCUCAGCAUCAAGAAGGACCCGGUGCCCUACAUCUGCGCGGAGCCCCUCCCCUCCAACAUCCUCGAGUGGCACUACGUGGUCCGCGGCCCUGAGAUGACACCCUACGAGGGUGGCUACUACCACGGAAAGCUCGUCUUCCCCAGAGAGUUUCCUUUCAAGCCCCCCAGCAUCUACAUGAUCACCCCCAACGGAAGGUUCAAGGUCAACACCAGGCUGUGUCUGUCCAUCACAGACUUCCACCCGGACACAUGGAACCCAGCCUGGUCGGUGUCCACCAUCCUGACGGGGCUGCUCAGCUUCAUGGUGGAGAAGGGCCCCACCCUGGGCAGCAUAGAGACCUCGGACUUCACGAAAAGACAGCUGGCCGCGCAGAGCUUGGCCUUCAACAUGAAAGACAAAGUCUUUGAGAUCAGGCAGAAGCAGAAGGCACAGGAGGAGCUCAGCAGCUGGCCCCAGCCGCUGCCCCUGCCCGACGUGGUCCCCGACGGGGAGAAGCUCCCCGGCCAGCGCGGGCUCCCGCUGCUCAACGGCUGCGCGCCGGGGGCCUGGCCCCACCUGGCUGGACUCCAGCAGGCCAACCGGCACCACGGGCACCUGGGCGGUGCCCUGGCGAACUUGUUCGCCAUAGUCCGCUUUGCGGCCUUCGCCUACACGGUCAAGUACGUGCUGAGGAGCAUCGCACAGGACUGAGCGCUGUCC